UUUUAUUCAGUAAUGAAAAAAUAAAGUAUUUAAGAAUUGAAUGAAACUCACAGGAGAAGAAGAAAAAAAAAAAGUCGAUUUGGGAUGAGCAAAUUCCGAAUGAUGACGUGUGGAACUGCAACAUAUUUUCUUGUUUAGAGAAGGUUUUAUCGAAAUAUGGGAAGCAACAAGAAACCUGUGAUUUACUAUGAAAACUGGAUUCUAAAAAAAGAAGGAGUCAAAACUUGGGUGUCAUAUUGGGCAGUUAUCCGUGGUAAAUGGCUGCAGUUUUUUGAAAAAAUCAGUAACACAGACAAGCUGGAACUACGUAAAACUUUAGAGCUGACAAAAAAAGUGCAAUGUUCGUUAGUAAAAAGAAAUAAAAAACGUUUCCCAUUUUCUUUAAACAACGGGUUGGGAGUUUAUUAUAUAAAAUGCGAAUCAGAACUUGAGCGCUAUCAUUGGAUAUUUUCUAUUUUGACUGCAUCCUUAGAAAAACCGAAAACAGAAUUACCACCAAAAGUGCCAAUAAGUAUGGCAGAAAUAGUUGCAUUCGAAAAAGGCAAAACGAAGGAGAACAGCACGCCAAAGAAUUCACCUACGAAGGUGCCUACAGCUGCCGCCGACAUUCAUAAUAAGCGCCGACAAAAAUAUGCAAUUCGUAGUGAAAAUCGUCAAAAAAGAAAAGCAGCUAAACGCGCGAAACAACUUGGUUUGGAUGUUGAAAACGCUACAAAUAAUAACGAAACUGGACUUUAUAAAACAGCCUCCUCCGCAGAGUUACGACGAACACAGAAAAUUAAGUUAAACGAAGCUGACGAGUUGAAAAAAUAUAGAAGCUUGGAAGUACUUAAAGAAAAUUCGAAGAAAACAACACUACCACAGUUAGCAAGAGAGGUACGAAAAGACUGUACCAUACGUGAACGAUCCAAUUCGUUUGAAGUAAAAGCUAUAGUACAUUCCCCUACAAAGAUUUCCAUGAUGGGAGACCAAAAUUUUGCUUAUGAAGAUGAAGAAGAAGACGAUAUAGCAGUGCAUCGUCACAUACCCAUUGUACUUAACGACGAACAAUUGCUUCCUAACAUGAUUAUAAGUGAGGUGUCAGACAGCGAGUCAGAUGUGGACAGCGAAAACACAGCCGAGACGAGUAUCAACAGUCGAAACUCGUUCUUCUCCAGUAGCAACACAUUUAUAUCAACUGUUGACGAUGACGAGUGGGUGCAAAACGGCUCUCGUGGCCGACCUGAUUCGUCUUCUAAUAUCCCAGGUACGAAAGACAGUCUUACAGUAGGUCCUCUGUCGGAGCAACGAAGGCCACUGAGUACAGGAAGCCUUAGUCCAAAGAGACCCUUAACACCAAAUCGUAGUCGGCCAACAACACCUAAAUCUCCAGCUCAUUUCUCAAGAUUUAUGAUUAACGACGCUACUUUCUCUAAUGCAUGAAAGUAAAGAAUAAUUCAAGUGACGUCGACAGUAGACUUGUUCACACUGCCUACAACAAAAAUAAUUUUUGACCCUAUCUUUUCGUGUUUUAUGGCCCUUUGUCGAUAUAGUAUCGUCGUACAAGAAAUACACUAUAAAUAUAAAUAUUUGGAAAGAAGCCUGAAAAUUGUGGUUUAUGAAAAUUUCUAAGAAAGAGGCAUAUAUAAAUAAAUAUUUAAAAAAAAUAUAUUCUUUAUGCAUGAAAA